UGACGUCGGAGGGAGUCCUCCUAAAGUAGCGGUCUGCAUGUCAAGUACUCUCUCUCUCACACACACACUCUCACACACUCUCACACACACUCUCUCUCAGUCUGCUGCUCGCUGUGAUUUCCUCGCUGCAGAGAAUUAUCAGAGGAGCCACUAUGGGUUGCCUGGACUGCUGUAUAAAGUGUUUAGGAGGCGUUCCGUACGCGUCUCUACUCGCCACCAUUUUGUGUUUCUCCGGAGUCGCUCUGUUCUGCGGCUGUGGACACGUGGCCCUGAGCGGCACACUCGCCAUCCUCGAGAACAACUUCUACAGGAACCUGAGUGAAACCGCCAUGCUCACCGACGUAAUUUAUCUGUUACAGUAUGUGAUUUAUGGGAUCGCUUCGUUCUUCUUCCUGUAUGGAAUCAUCCUGCUGGCUGAGGGAUUUUACACCACCAGCGCAGUGAAGGAGCUGCACGGCGAGUUUAAGACCACCAUCUGCGGCCGCUGCAUCAGCGCCAUGUUUGUGUUCCUGACGUACGUUCUUGGAGUGGCUUGGCUCGGAGUCUUCGGGUUUUCCUCCAUUCCAGUUUAUCUGUUUUACAACAUCUGGUCCACGUGUGCGUCCAUGGACUCCAAUUCCUCCGUCUGUGUGGACAUGCGGCAGUACGGUAUUAUUCCGUGGAACGCCACUCCAGGAGUCGCUUGUGGUGCGAUGCUUCUCGAGAUCUGUAACUCGAGCGAGUUCUACCUGUCCUACCACCUGUACAUCGUUGCGUGUGCUGGAGCCGGAGCUGCGGUCAUCGCCAUGUUCAUCUACAUGAUGGCUACCACUUAUAACUUUGCUCUUCUGAAGUUUAAGAGCAGAGAAGACUGUUGCACAAAGCUUUAAUCUCACACAGGAAUUGUAUGGACAAAAAUAAAUAAAUAAAAAAAGUAAAGAUGAGAAAAGAAUCCGAACCAUAACUAACCAUACGCUGUGUAAAUAUUUAACUAUACCUGUAUUCAGCAUUUUUAGACCAGGGAGCUCAUCAGUUUCCUAACUAUCUUUAAAAAACCAGCACUAGAGAUUAUUUACCCAGAAUAAACUAGCUUAAUGUCAUGUGAUGUAAUAAUAUAAACGCUAGCUGCAUUAGCAUUUAAGGGAACGGUUUAAGGGAAAUUUAUGCUAAUUUUUCACUUAUCUUAAAUGUAGUUGAUUAGCCAAGACGUUUAGCUACAAUGUUAACAUGGCUAACGAGUCCCCAGGUAACGCUGUUAAAAAACACACACUCUUGUCUUUAGAAACCAAUAAAAAACUCAACAUUUCUGCACUAAACAUCAUCUUCUUUACUAAAGUCAUAAAGAAAGCUCCAAUGUACUUAAACCUGCCUCAAGUGUAGAGCAGAAAUAUAUAUUUUAUGAACAAAUUUUGACAGUUUUUACGCUUAUGAACAAAUAAUCAAUUAGCAUUAUGCUAACUUCACAGUGAAGUCUCAUAUACACACACACACACACACACACACACACACACACACACCUCGCUUGGCUAAGUAGUGCUUUUUUACUAUAAAGAAAUCUCGAUAUGUCUGCGUAUAAAAUGUGUAAAUAUUAUAAAAUAUGAACACUAUGGUAGAAUUUAAGACGCUUUGAUGACUUUAGCCUGAGGCUAAUAUGAUGGUGCUGCAUUUUUAUUACUUAAAUAGUAGAAACAGUUUAGUCAGCAGAAUGUGUACGUUUGAAGUUUCUUGGGGAAAGUGUCUGGGAAGAAACAUUGCAUGCACGCACGCCACCAGCUAGCGCUGUGCUAACUGUGUAGCGUUUGUUCAGUUAGCAUGAUUGUUCAGUUACCCGUUAGCUACCAGCCUCGUUGCUCCGGUCUGCCUGGCUAAUCACACGAGGAGGCUAAUUUAUAAACUUUAUAACGACGAGAACAGAAAUGUCCCCUGAUGUACGCGUCCUUUUCCUGAGCUGCGAUGCAGUGAAGUUAAUAUUUUAACUUUAUCAUAUCUUUAUUUAGUUACAGAUUUGUCAGAAAUUAGUUUUUUUUUUAAUAAGCAUUUUUAUUUCCUCAAUUUUUCAAUGAAUGUUUACUCUUCUCAGUAUUUCCUUUAACUUCUGAAAACAAUUGUAGCCUUUUGUUUUUUCUUUGCCAUACAAAAUAAACGCUUUGUUUACAAAACC